AUGCCAGAUACGCCUUAUCAUCUCUACCGCCUUGGUAAAAUCGGACUCCAAUCGAAGGAAGGAACGAUCUUUCGAGUCUACGUUGCAUCAUUGGCAGAAAUCAGUACCGUUUUCCCAAGUAUGAUUGACAUUGCCAAGACCAAUCAUGCGACUCGAGGAAACCCCUACCACAUCCUAGAAUUCCCAGCUACCUCGUACAGUACAGUAUCGAGUGCUUUCUCGGUAUGA